AUGACGCUACUUAUCCUUGUUCUCGUCGUGUUUCUAAAUACCGUGGAAGCUAAAUGUGUGAUGACACAGACAUGUCUAAACCCAGAGAAUGAACCAGAUUACGAUGCAUGUAUCCCUGAAGCUUAUAAAAUUCCUGUGGAUUCUCUUCCUAUGACUGGAAAUGGUUGGCCAAGUGUUAUUGGUGGUGGAAAUUGUACUACUAAUAUCGAGUGUAAUAGCAAAGGUCAUUGUAUUAAUGGGAUGUGUGUCUGUCGUCAUGAUGGCAUGGCUGCUGGUCCUCAUUGUAAUCAAAUUGCUAUCCAAUGUCCUGCUUAUAAAAAUGAUGCAUGUUGCUCAUGGCAGCAAAAUUAUGCUAUGGCCGAGAAUUUUAAAUUAUUAGCUAGUGUCUUUGCCAAGAACAAUGCUGGAGGUUGUGAUGCUUGUGCUGCUAAUCUUAUGAGUUUAUGGUGUGGUUUGAUCUGUUCACCUUUUCAAGAUAAAUUCAUGCACAUGACUUACGAAUGGCCCAGUAUCACUUAUCGUCCCGAUCCUAUGACAGGAAAAGAAAAAGUUAAAGUGUUGGAAGUCAAUGUGGCACUAACUAAGAAUUAUACGUGUGGAAUCUUUGAUUCUUGUAAAAAUACAGCAAUGGCAUCUAUGGCAGCAGGAAUGAAAUCUUCAUUAGGAUUUUUAAAUUAUCAAAUGCAAGUUGGAGCCGUAGGUCAUGGAGAAUUUAUCACGUUGGUGUUUAAUCAAAGCACUCAACAGUCAUUUCAUCAUGAUAUACUUGAGUGUUCAAAUUAUUCCGAAAUUAUUGAAACUCGCGAGAUACUUCCGAUACAAGCUCAAUUACUUGAAACGAUUGCAUCAAAGUCAAAGAAUGACAAACAAUGUCCUUGUGGUGCAUGUCGUGCGACGUGUGAUACACAUAAAAGUAAUGGAACUUCAAUUCAUGUCGUUGAGAAUCCGAUUUCAGUAUUUACAGGCUUCAAUACGAAACUUGUGGCAAUUGUAUAUGGACUACUUGUCAUAUUUGUGUUUCUUUGGAACAAGUGGAACGCUUGA